AUGUUUCGUCGCUCCAUGCGACUGCGCAUGAUGCAACUGCACGCCGCCCCCACGCCGAACCCUCUUUGCCUCGCAUUUCAUAUCCCUUCCUCGACGUACGAUGGUUUUAUCCCCAAUGGCCAGACUUGCGAGGUGGCGCACCGUGGGCUGGCUUGGGUGCACCCUCUGAGCAAUGGCAUUUUUGAACAAUAUGGGCAGGAGGUAGCGAGUGUGUUCAUUGCGCCGCGGCAUGUGUCCAUCACAGUUUAUCCAAACGUGGACUGGUCGACUCUGGAGUGGAGCAUCAGUUCCUUUAUUGGCCACUAUUUAUUGUUUGUUAACGAGUGUGUGCCCGCCGCAAAAGAGUACACGCUCAUGGAAGAUGAUCUUCGGAUUCAUGAAGAGGAUUCGGAGGUGCUCCAGUGCAUCAAGGAACUGUUGCGGGAACAGGUUCGCCCCAUGGUGCAGCGGGAUGGCGGUGAUGUGAAGCUUUUGAACUUUAAUGAGGAAACAGGUGUCGUGUCACUUGCGAUGCUUGGGGCAUGUCGUACUUGCCCCUCCUCCAGCAACACUCUCAAAGAUGGCAUCGAGCGAGUCAUGAAACAUUUUUUGCCGGAGGUGACGGAGGUGGUAGAAGACAAGGGCCACGCGUUCUACGAGGAGUAUGAAUUACUGUUUCAUUCGGAGGAGGCACUUCGACGGGAGGCAGCGCGAAUCGACGCAGUGCGCCGCCGGAAAAUUUCUCCGAAGGUGACGGCGUCGCUGAUGUCGUUUGACGCCCUUCACGAGCCAGACGGUGAUGAGUGA